AUGGAGACUCGCCUUGCCGCGCUGGCGCUGGUCGCUUUGUGGCUGAGUGGUGCCAAGGCCAACCCAUUUGGAAGCACAUUUGCCGGCGAUGGAACUUACUACGGCUACAGGGACCGCGGCUUUGGCCACUGCUCCUUCCACUUCCAUGGGUUUGGCACCAGCCCCGGCUAUGCAGGGGUCCCCCUGGCCAUCAACUCUGCUCAGUACACAGGCACCUCGUGUCCCGAGUGCAAGUAUGGGGAUGUUGACCUGCAGAAGGGCGGCGACGGCCGCUGGAAGGUGGAGUGGGAGCCCGUGCAGUGCCCUGUGGGCAGCAGCACCUUCAAAUUUGGGUUCCAGGGCGGCAACCCGUACUACAAGAAGAUCCAGGUGGCCAAUGCACGUGUGCCCAUUGAAAGCGUCCAGAUCAAGCGCAACGGUGCCUGGCAGCAGCUCGUCAAGACCAUAGACAACUACCACGAGUACCACGGCGGCGAGGGGGAGGCCUGGAACGACGGUGGCUGCGCUUGGCUGCGGCUGCGCAGCAUCCUGGGGGACGUCGUGGAGGACCGCAUCUGCUGCACCUCGGGCACAUGCACGGGAGGAGCGCAGCUGCCCUGUCGUGCAGACAUGCCAGGCUGCAGUGGCGCCGGCGGGGGCGGCAGCAGCAGCGGUGGCGGCGGGGCUGGCGGCGACAUGUCCAACAAGCGUUAUGCUACCGGGACAAAGCAGCUGUUGGCUGGUGAUCAGUGCGGUGAGCUCAACUGGGAUGGCACCAAGCUUGAAACGCUGGCUUGUUGGGAGGAAGGGGUGCUGUGA